AUGCGCCUUCCCAGUGCCGUCGCAUUAACAGCCCUGGUGGCCGGGUCUGCCGCCGCCGGCUGUCCGUAUGCAGAGCGUGCCAACGAGGCUGCUGCUGGUUCUGUUGGAUGUCCUUAUGCGAGACGCGCAGCGGCGGCGGCGGCUGCUGCUGAUGCCGUCCACAUGAAGAAGUCUUCCAUCCCAACAUCAAGUGGCGCCAUUGAGGGCAAGAAGGGAAUUUUCUACAUGAACCGCAUUGGCCCUUCCGGGUCGCAGCUUUGGAUUGCCAACGCCGAUGGUAGCAAUGCCACCAAGCUGAUGGGGAACCAAACACAUGCCUUUGACUACCACCCGUCCUGGUCCCAAGACGGCCAAUGGAUUGUCUUCACGAGCGAGCGUCGUGGCGCCGGUCAGUCCGACCUGUACCGGGUGCGUCCGGACGGCACGGGACUCGAAGCCCUGGUGACGACGAACAGUGCGGAAGAUAUCGGGGUGCUGUCGCCGGAUGGAAACCAGCUGGCUUACGUCUCGACCCAGGGCAACUACACCAUGAACGUCUGGGUCAAGGAUCUGAAGACGGGCAAGGCGCAGAACCUGACCGAUACCGCGCUGACGCGCGCGGAUCCCACCUGGCCCACGGGUCAUUUCCGACCUUCCUGGUCACCCAACGGCGACUGGCUGGUCUUCAGCUCGGAUCGCAACACUGACUGGACGGGCCACAGCGAGGGUGUGGGCUGGGAGCACACCCAAAGCCUGGGACUGUAUGUGAUCCGGCCCAACGGCACGGAUAUGCGCACGCUGCUGCGUCAGGAUGGGUACUCGUUCGGUACCCCUCAGUGGUCGCGCGAUGGCAAGCGCAUCAUCUACAACAACAUGACCCGGGAGGCCACCUAUGGCGCGCACGGAGUCUCCGAGCAGCAGGCCGCCGUCUCUUCCCAGAUCUACAGCGUCGACUUUGCCACGGGGACCGAUAUCCAAGCCCACACGACGGGCAGCUACCCCAAGGUCGGCCAGCACUACAUCGGCAACUCCUCCAACAUCGGCUAUCUGAUCAAGGCCGGGCCCUACGAAGGCAUCAACUACACCAGCCCCGAUCGAACCCACAAGGGCUUCAACACGACCAACAUCCGUGAUCCCUGGUGGUCCCCCGACGGAUCGCAGGUCGUGUACGAAGUCUGGAACUGGACGCAGCAGGCGGCCGGGCUGAAGCUGUGGAGCUUCGAUGACGAGUGGGAGUACCGCUAUAUGGACGUCUUCCCCAUGCACCACCCCCCCACCAACCGACUGGCCACGACGCAGAAGGUGUUGGGCAGCGCGAAUGGCUCGAUGGUGACCUCCACCCCGCUGUACACCGACGUGCACGAGGCGCUAGACUCGUACGACGUCUACAGCAUCCACAACGCCACCGAGGCCGAGUACCUGGCCGAGGGUCAAGCCGGGGCAUUCCAGCCCUCCUGGAACCCGGACGGAGACGAGCUCGUCGUCGGCUUCGGCGCCUGGUUCACCUCUCGCGCGGCCAACAACGCGACGCUCUACCGUGCCUUCGCCAACGGGACCUUCCACACGAACCUGACCGACGGUAGCACCAAUGCCGGCUUCCCCUCCUGGUCCCCCGAUGGAUCGGCCAUGGUCUAUCGCCAAUGGAGCCUCGCGACCGGGGCCCCCGAGGGUCUGCACAUUUUCAACUUCACCACCGGCCAGACCCGCCAACUGACCUUGGGCUGGGACAACACCCCCGGCUGGUCGCCGGACGGGGAGCGCAUUGUCUUCACCCGCAACAACAACUGGACCAGCGCCUACGGGGCGCGCUGGUACGCCGAUCGCUUCGACAUCUACACCAUCCGCCCCGACGGCUCCGAGCUCACCCGUGUGACGGACAGUCUGUCGAACGAUGCACACGCCGUGUGGUCCCAGGAUGGCCGCAUCAUGUGGAGUACCGGUAUGUACGGCUUCAAGGACGAGAGUCCCCUGUUCGACGACACCUUCCAGCCCUACGGCCAGAUCAUGGUCAUGAACUAUGAUGGGUCGAACAAGACCUUGGUGACGGAUACGAUCUGGGAGGAUUCGAUGCCGUUGUACAUGCCUAAUGAAUAUCUCGAGUAGUAGGGCGUGGGGUGGUUGUUGGUGACCUGGGAUUGAUAUACCCUCGAGUUGUGUUUUUUUGAUUUAAUGCUGCCAAUGAAAU